UAUUAUAUUUCGAAAUUUAUUAAUCUGACUAGGAAGAGAAAUAAAAACAAGAUCGAUCGCUGUUGGCAGAAAAUGACAAAUUACGGAGGAAAAAAAAAACAAUGGUAGCAGAAGCGGACGACAACGAAAGGCCAUGCUCCUCAGAUCUCUAUAUUGCUUUUACCUUCUUGCUGGCGCCCUAUUUUUCAUUCCAUUAGAACAGAGAAGGCGGUGCGAGAGUAGCUAUGGCAGCAGCAGGAGAGGAGGAGAUAGCGAGGCCUCUGAUGGAAGAGAGGGAGCACCCUCCGUCCUUCUCGUCGUUGGUGGUGGUGGUGGCGAGCACCGCCGUCGCCGUUUCCGGUUCCUUCGAAUUUGGCUGCUCGGUGGGAUAUUCUUCACCAGCAGAAUCUGGAAUUAUGCAAGACCUUAACCUUUCUUUACCCGAGUACUCUCUUUUUGGCUCGAUACUGACAAUUGGAGCAAUGGUAGGUGCCAUUUCGAGUGGGCGCAUUGCAGAUCUAAUUGGCAGAAAAUGUACAAUGGCAGUAUCAGAUCUUUUCUGCAUUGUGGGAUGGCUUUCUAUAUUCUUGACAAAGGAAUUGUGGUGGCUUGAUCUUGGAAGACUUUCAAUCGGAUUUGGUAUUGGUCUCCUUUCUUAUGUGGUUCCUGUGUACAUAGCAGAGAUAACACCAAAGAAUCUCAGAGGAGGAUUUGCAUCUGUCAAUCAGCUUAUGAUAUGUUGUGGAGUAUCCCUUGCAUACUUGCUGGGAGCAGCUUUGACUUGGCGUUCUCUGGCAGUAAUAGGAAUUAUUCCAUGUUUACUUCAACUACUGGGCCUUCUCUUCAUUCCAGAAUCCCCUAGAUGGCUGGUUAAGGUUGGUCAUCAUAAUAAGUUUGAAGCAGCACUACAGAGUCUCAGGGGGAAGUAUACUGAUAUUUCUCAAGAAGCAGAGGAGAUCAGAGAGUUCACAAAAAGCCUUCAAUCCCUUCCACAGGCCAAUAUGCUGGACUUGUUUCAGAAGAAAUACCUUUACUCUGUCACUGUUGGAGUUGGAUUGAUGGUAUUUCAGCAGUUCGGGGGAGUUAAUGCGAUUUGCUUUUAUGCCAGUGAAAUAUUUGUUUCUGCAGGUUUCUCAUCAGGGAAUACUGGAACUAUAGCAAUGGUCAUUGUUCAGAUUCCUAUGACUACAUUAGGCGUUCUCCUUUUGGAUAAAUCUGGAAGAAGACCAAUUCUAAUGGUUUCUGCAGCGGGAACGUGUGUUGGUUGUUUCCUUGUUGCAAUGUCGUUCUUAUUACAGGAACAUGAAUGGCCGAAGGAGAUAAAUACUGCACUGGCUUUGACAGGCAUACUGGUAUUCGCGGGAUCUUUCUCUUUGGGUAUGGGGGGAAUACCAUGGGUUAUAAUGUCUGAGAUAUUUCCGAUCAAUAUGAAAGGCUCUGCAGGAAGCCUUGUGACCUUAGUUAAUUGGCUUGGUUCCGGGAUUGUCUCAUACACUUUCAACUUUCUCAUAACUUGGAGCUCAGCAGGUACUUUCUUCAUUUUUGCAAGCAUUUGUGGCCUUACUGUUCUGUUUGUGGAAAGGCUAGUACCAGAGACUAAAGGGAGGACAUUAGAAGAGAUACAGGCCUCAAUGAAUUCCUUCUCAUCAGAUAAGAUCUGACUUCAGCAUUGUCCAAGACAAGAAUAAAGCAAAAUGAAACAAAGUGGGCCUUUUGAAGCAGACUUGUCGAUGAGAAGCUGCCUUUUAGAUUUUGACUGUUGAAGCAACAACAAAAACAUAGUUUUUCAUGUUAUAUUGAUACAAUUCGAUGGCCAUAACAUGGCCAAAUUUGGAACAUAACAUAGCCAUGCUACCAAGGGGUGCAACCCACAAUAACACGAAGCCAACAUCUAUAAUCAAUCCAUAAA